GUUUGCUUCACAUUCUCAAUGGCGCCCUUAGAACUGGAAUCCAACUUGCAAAGGGCAGCGGAAAACGAGAAAAACACAGACAUCAAUACUGUGUAUGGCUCAAAUCCUCGAAGCAGAGACGGCGACACACACCAAGAGCUGCUCGAAAAGCUCUAUAGCUCCUCCCACUACCACGUCAAGAACAGUCACCCUGCACGCAUCGACGGCACAUGUGAAUGGUUCACUAGCCACCCUCGGUUUCAUCUUUGGAGAGACAGCGAAACCUCCAGCCUUCUAUGGGUCACCGGAGAGCCGGGUUGCGGAAAGUCGGUUCUUUCAAGAUACCUAGCAGAUGAGGUGCUGCGAAAUCUCUCUCUGUGCUACUUUUUCUUCAAGGCCGAAGUUAAGGGACAAGAUAUGGCAGAGGAUGCUCUUUGUUGUAUUUUGCGACAGCUCCUGGAACAAAGACCACAGCUUCUGUCAGAUCGCAUCUUUCAGCUUCUCGAAGACAACAGCGACAGGGUGCGGACCUCCAUCCGAAGGUUAUGGCGCAUAUUGGCCUUGGCUGCAUCGAAAAACACGGCCAGUCAAAUUGUAUGCAUUCUAGAUGGCCUCGACGAGUGCCAGGAAGAAAGUAGACAGUUGCUUGUGGAAACCCUCAACAGCUUCUUCGCCGAAGCCCACACGACCCCUAGGCUGAAAGUCUUGAUAACGAACCGAACACUUUCUCAUUCCGAGCGGCGAUUGUACAAACCGACAUCAACUCUCCAUCUGGGACGGGACCCUCAGUCAGACUUUGGGAGCCUUGGCGCCGAGAUUGACCUCGCAAUCUCUUGCCGACUAGCGGGUUUAAGGGAAAGACUGAACCUGAUAGAAUCGGAACAGAGGAAGCUGGCUAUGGAUAUCAAACAGGUCCCCGAGCGCACUCAUCUAUGGGUCUUUCUCCUUUUUGAAUACCUCACCAACUCCCCCGGUCACGUCAAGGAAUCUCGCAGAAACCUCCCCACAACAGUCAAUGAAGUCUACGAGAAUAUUCUCUCCGCAAGCCCAAGGCCGAUGAAAACAAGGAAGUUGCUGCAGAUCAUCAUGGCGGCAGUGCGACCUCUGAGUCUAACUGAGAUGGCAGUGGCUCUGGCAGUUGAGGAGGGACACACAUCACAGAGCGAGCUGGAUAUUGAACCCGAUGAUCACUUUCGCCACACACUGCAGCGGCUUUGCGGUCCUCUGGUUUCUGUCAUCGACGGCAGGAUAUAUCUGUUUCACCAGACCUUGAAAACAUUCCUGAUCCAAGAAGAUGCCACAAACUCCUCUUCUGAGACUUCACUUGUGAGUCAAGCAAUCAAUGGCCACAAGUGGUUGUCCUCAAUCUCUCCGAGUAGCUCGAACAACAUGCUUGGGCGCAUCUGUGCUCAGUAUCUUCUCUUCACCGACGUUGAGGAUUACUUUCAGAACCCCCUCGGAAACAUCGAAAAGCUACGGACCAAGCCGCUGGAGGGUAUCUCCGAGAACUACCCUUUUCUUGGUUAUGCGUGGGAGAACUGGGCUAUCCACUCAAGAACACCAUUGGACGACGAUCAAGGUGAUGAUUCACACAUGCAACAAAUGCUCCAGCUUUGUUCUCCGCACAGAUUGUCAACUCUGAUUUGGCUCCGAAGGAAGUGGUGCCACCCAAAAUUGGACUCUGAAGAUAUCACGAGACUCAUCGUGGCAUCUUACCUGGGACUUUCGUUAGUAACUCAACAUCUACUGCGACUUGAUACGACGGAGCCCAACGUGAGAGAUGGCAUUUUUGGCCGGUCUGCCCUGUCUUGGGCGGCAGGAGGUGGCUUUGAAGCUGCCAUCAAAACAUUUAUCGACACACAGAGAUCCGCCAAGAGGAGAAGUUGGCUGGAGCGUCUCUUGGGUACCGGCGUCAUUCAAGUCGACUCGAAGAGCAAGCCACCUCGCACUCUAAGCGUCAGUCACCGACCUUGCACUCCAUUGGGAUGGGCUGUGCGUUUCGGACACGAAGGUGUCGUUAAGCAGCUGAUUGCGACCAACCAAGUCAAAAUUGGUGAUAUGAUGCUAUUUGAUGCGGCCAAGGGAGGAUACUUGGGUAUCAUGGAGGCCUUGCUCGGGACAGGUCAGGUAAGAGUUGACGCAAGAGACCUUUUCAAGCGAACACUCUUAUCCCACGCAUCGGAGUCCGGCCACGCUGGGGUAACCAAGUAUCUGCUCUCAUUGGGAGGCUUUGACAUCGACGCGAGAGAUGUGGCGGGACGAACAGCAGUAACAUACGCUGCGCGGGCUGGUGAAGAUGAAGUCUUGGAGCAGUUGCUGGCCACGGGCAAGGUUGACGUCGACUGCGAAGAUCAAGUUCAUCGUACACCAUUGUGUUACGCUGCAGAACAAGGCCAGGACCCUUGCGUGAAGCUGUUGCUCUCAACUGGCCAAGCAGAUGUCAAUUCCCGAGACGAGAGAGGUGAGACGCCAUUGUCUCUCGCGGUCGGUCAAGGAAAGGAGGAAUGUGUCAAGCUGCUGCUUGCGACAGGGAAGGCAAAACUUGAUACCGAGGAUUACAUGGGAAGAACGCCGCUGGACAUUGCCUUGAUACGUGGCUACGAGGGAUGUGCUGCAUUGUUGGAAGACCGGAGGGAGACCCCAAGAUGA